AUGUCGGAUAAUUUUUAUAUCUGGGAACAACAUAACGGUUUAAACGACAACAAAAACCCAGCUCAGGAAGUAUAUGGCAAAUCGUUAUACGAUGAUAGCGCAUAUGUUGAUAACGAAGAAAAUUCUGCCUCGGAUGAUAUCGGCGAAUAUCCUGAAAGUAGACCACGUAAAAGAGUUAGAAUUCGUAUACCUAUUGUUCGAAGUAGAAUUCCGAAGAAACAUAAACUCACUGUGGUCAGACGUAGACCAUUAACGCCGUCAACCAGAAAUGAACAAAUUAAUCGUAGUAAUGCGCAAAUAUCGAAAAGAAUAGUCACGAGAAUUAGAGCAUUAGGAUUGGCACAUUCCAGACAUUCAACCACAGAUAUAAGCGAUCUAGAAAAUAUUACGUCAGAGAGUGCACGUCACAAGAUUACAAUUACACGAAGAAGAAAGCUAGAACCAACAAUUAAUACGGUUACACCGAAAAGAGUCAGAAUUACUAGGAAAAAAUUAAUUGCUGUAAGACCGAUAGAACCAACGCCUACGUUAGCCAUUAUUACUACAGACUUUUUUACUGCACCCUCAGAUUAUAGUGAUGAAUACGAGGACGAAGAAGAUAUAGAAGAAGAUACCGAAGAUGAAAAUCAUCCUACUACUACUACUAGUACUCCGAGUCUUGAGGAAACACCCGAUGUCAUUGAGAGCAAGCCUGAAGAGGAAUUAAGUGUAUUCAAAUCACCAGUGUCAGAAGUAACAUCGGUAUACGAAGUUGUUGACCCAAUGCCCGUUAUAAUUACUGACAACUUUUUCUUUCCACCGACUAAUGACGAUGAAGAAGAUGAAAAUUAUGAAGAUAAUUAUACAGAAACAACAACGUCUGACAAUUUAACCACAGAUAUAUCUACUCUGUUAAAUGAACAAAAUAAUACGUUAGAAGAUGACACCCGAUUAGAGAAUUUUGAUGAUACAACAAUUAUAUCAGACGUAGAUGAAGAAAAUCUAACAAAUCCUGUCACAGAAUUUAAAACAUUAAACGAAGAUAUAAAAUCUAAUACAGAUACUGAUAUUGAUGUACCAGUUAAUAUACCAACAUCAUUACCAUCUCUAACAACAACAGAAUCAACUAAUAUUAUUAACGAAGAUGACAUUAAUGAGCUCACUAUAUCGGAUUCUAUUAAUGAGACUUCGCAUGAAAUCAUGGAAAUGACUACUUCUUUGCCAGAAGAAGAUACGACUAUUUCUUUGCCAGAAGAAGAAACGACUCCAAUAGAAAAUGAAGAAACAACUUUUGUACAAGAAGAAGAAGAAACAACUUCUCUCCAAGAAAAAGUAACGACUCCUUUAUUGGAAGAAGAAACAACUGUUAUAAAAGAACGAGAAGAAGAAAUAACUCCUGUAAAAGAAGAAGAGAUAAUUUCUCUUCACGAGAAAGAAAAAUUAUCUAUUAAAACAAAUGAUGUAAUAACAGAAAUUACUCUUUCUAAUAUGACAGAAAUAUUUAUCUCGACUGACGAAACAAAUACAACUACUAUAUCUGAAGAAUCCAUAGAACAAAGUACAACAUUAUCGGAUAUAAUUGAACAACCAGUUACAACUAUUUCAAAAACAAUAGAAACUAAUAUAGAAAGAAAUUCUAUACCCUUAUCAAUAGACAACACAAUCAAAGAUAUUGAUUCAAUUAAAGAUAUUAAUACUUCUAUAAAUGAUUUGACAGAUAUCAAUCAAAUAUCAAACUUUAAAGAAGAACAAAAGGACAAUGAGAUAUUAACGGUAAAACCUAUAGAAUCGAACAAUGAAUUUGAAACUUCUUCAAUUCUUGUUACAUUAAACACGUUCAAAACAAUUAUUAAUAAUUUUUUUAGUACGAAUACUCCUUACUCAGAAACAUUCUUAACACCAAAUUCCUCAAUUUCUUCUAACUUCGAUAAUUCUUACAUACCAAGCGUAAUUCCUCUUAAUACAGAAUAUAUCACAUCAAAUACACCAGAGAUUCAAAUUAAACCAACAAAUGUUUUAACAUUGAAUCUUACGAAAACUAUCCCAUCGCCUAAACCAGAAGACAUUGAAGCUGGUCUUGUAGAUGAUCUUUAUCUAUCAUUAUCGCGUCCUGAUUUUCCUGAAAUCGUAACAUCCAAAUUAGAAUCUAUUGAUAUAGAAUCCAAAUCUAUAUCACAUUAUAUCCCGUUAGAACCCAGUACCAGUAUUUAUUAUACAGAAACAAUAGUAACAUCAACAAGAUUGAGAACUUAUACAUACAUAGUGACUAAACUUAAUGGACUUGAAACACAAGUGACAUCUUCUACGACCAUUAGACCGAGAGUGACGACACUUACUUUGACAGUGCCCAUCACAGUGACUGUCACUCCCACCAUGGAGUCAUCAGUCAACAAAUAUUCAUCUAUAUGUAAUGCGGUAUCUGUUUUUGGAGAAGAUACGUUGAAAGAAGAGGAAGAGGGAAGAAAACUAAAUCUAGCAACACGCGUAAUGUCUAAUGGGGUUGAAGUUAUUGUAGCAGGACCAACUCCAGCUUUGAGAUGGGAAAAUUCAAAUCCUCAACCAACCCUGACAUUAUCAGAUGCGGUUGUUAUGCUAUUACCGCAAGAAAAGUCUAGUGACUUCGUUACAAAAACAUGUACUACUACAUUCACAUAUUUUGGAACUAUUAAUAACAAUGGAAAUUCUGAUGUCACUGCAGAGAUUAUGUCAAGUACAGUUACGGACGAACAGCAAAAGAAGACUGGAUCAGAAACAGCAACUGUUAUCUUAGAACCAUCCCCAACGAUACGUACCGAAGUACUCAAGACAACAUACACAUAUUUAACCGAAGAUAAGAAUCAUGCUAAUAUGGAAGAUUCAUUAAUCGGUAGUACAAAAGUUGUAACAAAUAAAAUCACAGCACCUCAACAUUAUUUACAUAUGAUGUUGGAACCUUCGGAAGUAUCACAUCCAGAAACAAAUACGUAUUUAAGUACGAAAGUAUUAGAAAAAACUUAUAUGGAAGAUGUUCAUACUAAGGUACAAACAACAAGUGAUAAGAAUACUCAGUUAAUAGCAAUUGAAUCUGGAUCACCACCUAAGCCUACUAGCGUCAUUACUACUUUAACUGCUUUGGAUAAUACUGAUGAAGCUAUGACAGAUAUUAUGAAGACUUAUUAUAUCACAUAUACAUAUUAUAAUACAUUUUUUGAGAAAGGUACAUCUGUUAUACGUACUAACGUUGCAACUUCUACAAAUGUUGUUUUAGAAAAAAUUCCUACAAAAGAUACAUCUACGACAAAAGUAAUACAAAUCAAUGCUACACCCGAACCAAUUCAAAUUUUCGCUACCAAAACGUAUCUUACAACGUUUACUUAUUUCACAACACUUUUACAGGCUGGGCCUGAUGGUGAAACAUCAACAACCAUAUCAUCUCGUUCUCAUAUUAUAGAAAAUGUAGUAACAGAAUCAAUAGCACCAAGUUUACUUGACGCUGGUUACAUGAAUGCUUUACUUACAACAGCAUAUCAUUCCGAUCCAGUUAAAAAUGUGGUUACUGGUUCAACAAUCAUUUUCUUUGAUGAAGAAGAUCAGAUUGAUCCAACGACGUCUAGCAGUUCGGUAGAGUCUACUACUACAUCUAUUGGAAUGGGGAAAGUUGAAAAACCCUCUGAGAAUUUAACAUCGACAACAUUACCUAGUGUAUCAUCGGAUUCAGUAGAAUCAACUGUCAAUCGCGUAGACUAUGUUAACAAUCAGGAUAAUAAUAAAACAACAUUGUUGAAUAAUACUGCUGAACACAAACGACCUACCACUCAUGAUGGCGGUGACAUUCAAUUAAGUAAUCUUCUACAUCUAGGAUCUUUAGGGAUCAAUGGCCUUUCUGCUUUGAAGCCUGUAAUUACAGCAAUGGCUGGUUUAUUACAAGGAAAAACUGCAACUCGUAGAAAUGAUACGGAGCCUUCAACAAUAAGUCAAGAAACUACUACACAAAGAUCACCUAUCUACAUUCCAGUAGCAGAAUUUGCUGAUGAUGAUAUCGAAGUUGCGGAAAGUCAAAAUAUAGCUGCUCAUUUGGUAAAUCCUAAACACAAUCACAUAGCUGAAACACGGCACAAAGUUACUAGUAGCUUAGCAGAUGGAAUACCAAUAUCACCUGGUGAAGUUAUAACAGCUAAUAGUGAUGUCAUUAUUGGGAAACCUGGUAAAUUGGCACCAAGAUUACCACAAAAUUUUGUCAACGAAGAUGAACAUAUUGGAAUGAAACCACCACCAUUACCAGUACCAAAUAUUCCCGUUCAUCCAGUUUUAGAAAUUCUUGAAAAUAAUCGUGAAGAUUUUCAAGAACAACAUCCUCCUAAUAUAUAUAAAGAACAAUUACAAAUUAUACCAUCUCAUAGGAUCUAUGAAGAACAUUUAAAAAUUCCACUUUCUAUGUCACUCAAUGCAAAACUCCAAGUAGUUCCAACGCAACCUCAGAAAUUACAUCCUGUUGAAUCUGUUCAGACUAAUAAGAUAGAAUUAAAACACGAAACAAUACAACAUGAUCCUUUAUUAAAACCACCUGACAAGCCGGGUACAGAGAAGCUUAUAAACAAGCAACCUGAAUGGAGUACGGAUGGAUCCAGAGGACCAUGGGGAACAACAAAUCCAUUAACACCACCUGCAUUACCUGUUACAUUUAGUGAUCUUUAUUCAGAGAAACCAGCAAAUGAUAAAUCUUGGACAACAUCGUUUAAGCAACAAAAACAUCCAAAUUGGGCACAAAAAGAUUCUUUCCUUUCCGAUGGUUUACCUGAAAUUCAAACGUCAGAAACACAAUCAUCUUCAUCCGAACCGAUCAUUCAUCAAGUCCCACAUAUUAUUGACAGAUCUACAGGUCAACCUUUACUCGUUAAUAUUCAACCUAGCCAAGUAGCAAAUGUUAUGAUUCCUCAAGAUGGAAAACAGGCUUUAAUAUUUGGAGAUACAGGAGAACGUCACAUAAGUGGUCAAUACUUCGAUGAUCCAUCGCCAUAUCCGGAACCUGAAACUGGUCCUGGAUUUAUUGGAAUCCAAAAGGCAGAGGACCUAUUUCAAAAUUUACAUGGGAAAGAUCCAUUAAAUUACAUGGUUCCACCAUCGCCACCGAGUAAUUUCAAACUUGCUAUACAAAAAACAAAUUCUUCCAAUAGGCCACAUAUUAUCAGAUUACCGCAAGUUCGUUUCGAUCAUAUAAAACCACCGGGCAAAUUAGAACCACCUUUUAUCAGAUCUGAAAAGAGACCAGCCGAAAUUCAUAUGAUGAAGCAACCCCAUCAAAGUAGUGUAACUAAUGGCCAAGGUUUUGUCCAUAGUGAAAUUUUAGUUCAUCAUCGGCCAGAAACAUUAAACUUACAAUUGGCAUCACAUCCGCCGAUGCUUUCCAAUGGUCAUCCAACUAAUUCAUUUUCUUCUAAUGGACAAUUUGUAAAAAAUCAAAAACCCAUAAAUACUUUACCAACUGUUCCAUCUAGACGAGCGGAAUCAACUGUUCCUACUGAAAUAUCACAUAUGUAUACGUAUCACAAUAAACCAAAUUCAGGAAACGAAGUUAUUUCAAAUACCAAUUGGAAAUUAAACAAAAAACCACCAAGGAUUACUCUGAACAAUCGUUUAAGACCACAAUCUGUAUUGAGACCGACUACUCAUCGACCUCACAACAGACCUACGUAUAUUGAAAAACCUAUUAAUUCUGUUACCACAAAAACAACAUAUCCUGUAUCUCCAAAAUUGCCAUUUAAACCACAAAAUACAGCUUUGUUGCCUCAUCAAAUUUCAUCAAAUACAUAUUUACAAUAUGAAUUUUCAAACAAGCCAAUAUCGAUUGGUAAUAAAAAUAUAAACAAUGUAACAAAUCAAGAAAUUAUUCAUAACUAUCAAGUAAACUUUCAAGAUCGAUUGCCUCAAAACAAUCCAGAAAAAACGAAUCUACUAAAUAGCGGAGAAUCUAUUAUUAAAUGGAACAACGAUCAAGCGCCCACUGGAGCAUUAGAAUAUCAUAAUCCUUCGUAUUUAAAAAUAAAAUCAGAAAGCACAGGAUAUCAUUCUCCGAUGUUAAUUAUUACUUCAAAGAAUCAUUCUAUUGAUUCUGUACAUUUUGAUGCACAAAAUCAAUCGAGACCAUUAGAUUCUGAUAUUGCUGAAUCAGAAUAUAUAAAAUCACAUCAGAAUGCUGAUUCAAGUGAUAUUAAUUAUGAAAAGAAAUUAAAUGCGGUAAUAAACUUACAAAAUAAUAACAUUACAGACACUAAAGACAAUUAUGGAAUGAUUAAUAAACCAUCUCAUGGUAAACCAAUUGCUGAACAAGAACUUACAUAUAAUAAAAAUGAUAAUACACCUAUUUUACAUCCAGGUGAACCUUUCAAGUUAAAAAAUAAUAACACGAUUUCGGCAAAUGAAACCUUUUAUGGUACAAAACCAUACGAGAUAUCUGUCGUAAAAAAUAAGCCGCAUAAAAUAUAUGGCGGUAACGCUAAUCGUGAUAAGCAUCAUGAAUAUAGAGAAAAAGAAAAUGAAUUUGAUUAUAAAACUGUUCAAGAAUCUUCUCCUAUUUAUUUGAAUGAUCAAAAACCUUUGAUGCAUCAUAACGAGAACGUGCAAUCAUCGACUUUACGAUAUUCCUAUGAACAUGAUGACACCAUAGAUCUCAAACCACCUGCAAUUAUUCCACAAUUCAGACCUAUUGCCGAUCAUGAAUCGACCGAAUUUUAUUCUAAACCACAAAUUAUUGUAACUCCUGAAACAAGACCUACUCGUAUACCAGUUGUAGAGAUAAUAACAAAACCAACUGAUAUGAUAAAUGUUAAACAAAAUAAUAAUGUUAGUCAUAUUAAUAAUUUUAAAUCAACUAACUUCGAUAGUUUCAUCAAUCAAAAUUCGCAAAAGGAUUAUAAAAUAAAUCAACAACAACAAAGUAUCUCCGAAGAUAUGGUGAAACAAUAUGCUAGACCAAAUUGGAAUGUUGGUACUUUGGAUACUAAUACGUAUAUGAGUCAAAAGAAGUCAGAAACAAAACAGAAUGAACAUACGAACUAUACAAUUCCUGAUUCCAUCGAUAAGAAAGUUGAUACAAGAAUACAAAAAUUGGAAAUUAAAACUAAUCAUCCAUCGCAUUUUCUUGAACAAGGAUUAAUAACUGGAGUUCAUCCUGAAUAUCCGCAUAUUAUAACGAAACCAAAAUUACAAUUACCAGAGCCUGUUGUUAUCUCGAGUACUGGAAUGAAACCAGAUUCCCAUAUACAAUCGAACGUUCAAUUCUCAAUGCCAGUUGAAAUUACUGAUGACGAACAAGACGACAGUAAAACACAAACUGAAAGACCACCUAGCAUGUUAAUAAUAAAGAAUAAUUCGUUAAAAAAUAAAAAUCAAGAUAAAGAGAUGCUUGAGACUGCUUAUCAAACUAACUUUGCUUCGUUGGAUUCAGUCAUUGGUAAUUCUGAAACUCAUAAAAUUAAAAGCAACUCUCACAAUAUGAGUAUUCACAGUAAUGCUCAAAAUAUGUUGUUCAAUGUGAAAGAUCCUAAAAUUCCCUCGAGAGAUAUGAUGCCACCACCUUUGAACUCGGCACCAUCAAAAUUGGAAGAUGAACAACAAAAAUUGAAACCUCCACCUCCGCCAUCUAAUGAUGUUCUUGGUUUAUCACCUCCGCCAUUAGAAAUUACAACCACGUAUAGACCUAUGCAACAUAGACCAGACCCAAUUAUUAUUAAUGAACCAGAAUUAAAAUUAUCAUCUAAAUAUAUUCCAUUAAAGGAAUUGACUAAAACAAUGAUUCCACAGCCUAAUGUAAAGUCUUCAAAUUUAAGAACAACGAUAACCAAAUCAUUUCUUGCUGAACAACUUUCUGAAAGAAUGGUACCAUCCCCUCCAGCAUUGCAAACUAAAUCCUUUGAAAUAAGUACAACAAAAAUAGAUAUUUUACCAUUUGGAUCAACUCAAAAGCCAUCUGCAAGUAUAUCUAAUGGUUAUAUCAAUCAAUAUAUCAAAUCGAAAUAUGCAACAACACAAAAUACAAUCAAACCGUCCAUUAUUAGUACACCGAUCAUAAGUGCUUCUAUGUCAAAUAAGGGAAUGGAACAUUCAAGCGAAUCUAGGGUACCAGUGAAACAAACUACUAUUUCAACAACAAAAACAAUUACCUCGACACAAGUGAAGUCAUCUGGCGGACAAAUCAAAUCAAGCAAACCAUCAUUACAACCUGAUAUUAAACCAACAAAAUCAUUAACGUUUGAUACAUCACAUACAUCUGUUAAAUUGGCAGAGCAACCAAUAUUUUUGCAAUCAAGUCACGAUUAUAUUUUGCCAUCUUUUAACACAGAACCCACGGAAUCUCUUACAUUUAUUGUAACCACUGAUGGAAUUAAAGAAUCCACUGUAAAAAAUCAUGAAAUAACAAAAACAUAUAAAAAGAUGAAUGCAACAGUAACAGACAAAAUACCCGUAAUAGCGAUACAAACAGAUAAAACAUUAAAAAGUACGGAUUCAUCUUUACCAAAAUAUUUAGAUUUUAAAAUAAAUGAGACAACUUCGGUAACUUUGAAACCCAAUGUAGGAACAGUGAUAUAUGAAAAUGUUUCUGAUACAAAUAUUGGUAGUGUAAAACCUAAAGAGAUUGUUCGGAUUAAAAUGUCAACAUUAACGAAGAUAGAAACAUUUGCAAUAGGAUUGCCACCAACAACAAGAACAUUUUUACUAACACAUACAAUGACCUCGACCACUGUGGAAACAGUGACAGAAACUUUUCUUCAUCCUACUAAUACUAUUGCUACUAUUACGUCAAAUAUUUUGCAAUCUAUGGUAACACGGGUACCAUCAAUUUAUGAAAAUAGUAUAGAUAAUGAUUCGAUCUUUGUGGUAAUGAGUGAUCAAAAACCACCCGAGCCUGGUGCUGAGGAGGUAGAAGCGGAAUAUGGCGAAGAAGAUAUAUCAAGGGACGAACAAAAUCCUACGAACAAUGAUAUCCAUAGGGUUUUGGCUGGAGGUAUCUUAGGUGCACCUGUAGCACCUCUACGACCUACCAAUCAAUGUACACCAGAAUGCAAAGGAUCUAAAGCAGAAACAUGCGUAGAAGUAGAAAAUGAAAUGAGAUGCGUUUGUAGACCAGGAUUCGCAAGAAUGUUCCCAGAUAGGCCUUGCAAACCAACUUAUACGUAUACUCUUCAUGUUGGAUUGGAUCGUAUUGGACACGAACCCGUAAUUUAUCAAGAGAGUUUGAACGAUUCUACGUCUCUAAUAUAUAGACGACUUGCUGGAUCGGUGAAAGAUGCAUUAGAUAGAACAUUAAUGCAAAGUGAUCUUAGAGAUAUUUACAGAGCUCUUAAAAUUUCGAAAUUUACUUCGGAUCCAGUCAAAGUGAUAUUUCAUGUACAACUUAGUGACAAUGCUAAUGAAACAAGAUUGAAAGAAGUUUUACGAAAAUAUUUAGUUGGAAGUAAUUAUAGUUUGGGUGGUACUGAAGUUUAUGCCUCGAAAAAUUUGGAAUUGAUUCAUGCAUCAGACUUUGAUGAAUGUUCGAUCGAAGAGGAUGGUCCCCAUCAUGAUUGUUCACCAAAUGCAGCCUGUUUUAAUUUAAGAGGAUCUUAUCAAUGCUCUUGUAAGGAAGGUUGGGCAGAUUUAUCAGAGAAUCCUGCGUAUCCUGGAAGAAUAUGUUCACAAGCACCGAUAGGUUGUGCAGGAUGCAAUAAUAAAGGACAUUGUGUUACUAAUAUUCAUGGUCACGAAAUUUGUGAAUGUUUCCCAUGGUACAGUGGUCAACGAUGUCAAGUUAAUUUAAAAGUGAUGCUGAUAGCUCUGGUGACAACAGGUGCCAUAUUAUUGGGUUUGCUAGCUGUAUGUGUAGGCUUAGCAUGCUUUAGACAACCUGUUCAUAACAAACAUACUUCUGGAGAUACUCGUGCAAUGAUUACCGGAGCAGGUGGUGACACUAGUAGUGAAGAUAGUGCCGGAGAUGUAACUAUUCCUUAUCACGUGCCACAUGUUUUACCACCACCGCCGCAAAUGGUAGCACCGUUACCUCCAAUGAAGAGACCAAUUCGUAAAAUCAGUGAAAAAUCGCAUCAUCCAUCAAGAAAACCUAUUGUAGCUGCAUCAGAAAUGAAUAAUGAUGAACAACGUGAUCGUUCUUUAACUGUUAUGAUUCCACGUGCCAAAUAUCGAUCGGCUCCUCAAUCACCACAAAAUUAUAAAACAACUCUGAGCACAUUUGUAACAGACGAACAUAAACUUAUAAAUUAUCUUGACAAUGGUUCUCAUCAUCAAGGGAAUCGAAAGCAAAGUAUAUCGAGUACAAAGGAUUGUAAAGAAUCUGAUUUACAAGCUGCAAGAGGAGCACCUACGGUGUCAACUGGUGCACUUGUCAGUGCCGGAUUUCAGGUAUCAGCAACGGUAACAAGAAUGAUAGAUGCCGAAUCAACCUUAGCUAGAUCAUGUGGUGAAACCACUAUAGAACCACCAACAAAAGUUCUAAAGAAUUGUGACAGUCAAGGCGAUCUUACAUCCACUUUAGCUCGAUCUUGUGGUGAAACAACAAUACAAACCCAAACAAAACUACUUAGACAGGAUUUAGCCGAAGCAGGAUCCAUUUUGGCCAGGUCUUGCGAAGAAACAACUAUUCAGCCAUUUACAAAAAUGGCGGCUACUCGAACAAAUAGUAUUAAAGAUACCAGGAACAAUAAAAAUUCAAGAGAUAAUGGUAGUGAAGGACACACUAUGGCUGAGCGAGAUUUGGGUAGUACUUUAAGACUUCCACCUCAUCAUCCACCACUUUAUAGCCCAGACAGAGUUAGUGAUCGAGAAUCCAAUUUUGACUCUCUUUAAAUAAACGAGAGAGUAUAAGUAUAGUUAUAAAUCGAGGAUUAAUCGAAAGAUAAUUUUAUAUUGAAGACACAGCCGCUGGACGGUGGUCUUUGCAGCUGGUUCAGUUGUAAAUACUGAAAUUCGAUGUUGCCAAAUAAUAUAACAUCAUUUAAGAAAUACUUUUCACAUCUUCAAAUGAUAAAAGAAAGAUGAACGAGAAAGAAAAUGGUAAGACCGAAUGAUAGAGAUCUUUUUUUUUAAACAAAGUUAUUACUAUUUCUAGGCUUCGUCUUUUUCUUAGUUUAAAAGAAAGAAGA